CAGGCCUGAUCAGGGCAAGGAAGCUUGGUGAGGUCUGAAGGCCUAUGCCGUCAGCUAGGACGCCUGCGCAGUCAGAUGCUCGUGCCCAGGCGCGCUGGGGCGGCGGGAAGCCAGCCUGGACCAGCAAGCUCAGGAUUGCGGGCCCCUAGGCGGGAAAAGAUUCGCGCAUGCGCGGCCCGGAGCUCUGGACUCCGCAGGAUGGGGAAGGGGAGGUGGAGUUUCCAAGAGGGAACUUGACCCGUUAGUAGCCGCGGCUAUGGCGGCGCGCUUGCCGUCUUCAGCGCUCCCUCCGCCCUCAACGCGACAGUUAGGGCCGCGUUCCCCACAUGUUAGGAGGGGAACCUCAGUGCACGCAGACUGCAGCGAGGCCUCGGGUCUGGCCGGCGCUGCGCAGGGGGGCGUCGUGGACCAAGGAGACCAGUCCUGGAGGGGCGAAGAAGGGUGUGGGGGCCGGCGAGGGCCAGGGCGGGUAGCUCCGGCUCAGGCUCCCCUGCUCAGCUUGCUCAUGGGGUCCGAGCGGCUAGAGGGCAUCUCGGUAGAAGAGGCGAUGGUGACGCGGACGCAGCUGCUGGAGGAAGAGCUGAGCAGCGUAAAGGAGGAGCUGGCCCUGUGUCAGGCUGAUAAAGAAUUUGUAUGGUCUUUGUGGAAACGUCUCCAGAUGUCAAAUCCAGAUAUCGCACAAGCAGUCAGUUUGGUUGUAGAAAGAGAAAAACAGAAAUCUGAAGCUAAAGACAGAAAAGUUUUAGAAAUUCUACAAGUGAAGGAUGCUAAAAUACAAGAAUUGGAACAGAGAGAAGCAGGACUAAAACAGGAAGUAAAUGAUCUUGUGAAACGUAAGAUUUUAGUAGAUGAAGAAAAUGCUUUCUUAAGAAAAGAAAUCAGUGAACUGCAGAAGAAAUGGAAAGAUAAAAAUCAAGAAGUUAAGGACACUAAGGAGUGUGUUCAGAAUAAGGAAGAACACAACAGACUGGUUAUAAAAAGCCUGGAGGAGGAAAAUGAAAAAUUAAGUGCCCGCUGUACUGACCUGCUAAAUGACCUGGAGAAACUGAGGAAGCAGGAAGCACAUUGGAGAAAAGAAAAAUGUAGCACUGAUGCAAAAAUAAAGGUUUUUGAAGACAAUUUAAGUGAAGCAAAGAAAGAAAUUGAAGCAUCACAGAGUAAAUAUAAUGCUCUAUCAUUACAGCUAAAUAGUAAACAGACUGAACUCAUUCAGAAGGAUAUGGAUAUUACCCUGGUCAGGAAAGAGUUGCAGGAGCUGCAGAAUCUUUACAAACAGAACAGCGCACACACAGCACAGCAAGCUGAGUUGAUUCAGCAGCUUCAGAUUCUGAACAUGGACACACAAAAAGUAUUGAGGAAUCAGGAAGAUGUCCACACAGCUGAAAGUAUAUCAUAUCAAAAACUCUACAAUGAGUUACACAUUUGUUUUGAAACCACAAAAUCAAGUGAAGCUAUGCUCCGGCAAAGCGUUGUUAGCCUUCAGGAACAACUAUUUCAAAAAGAUCAAGAAAAUGCUAAAUUAAAAGAAAAACUUCAAGAAUCACAAGGAGCACCCUGUCCUUUACCUCAUGAAAAUGAUUCCGAUCAUUCAGAGCAGGUAUCACAACACCCAUCUUUAUCAAGCUUAGAAACCUUAAUGGUCUCACAGAAGUCUGAAAUUGAGUAUUUACAGGAGAAACUGAAAAUAGCAAAUGAAAAACUGUCAGAGAACAUAGCUACCAACAAGAGCUCCUCAGAGAAGAGCAUCUUGACAUGUGCUGAAGGAAAACAUAAGGAACCACCUGUGAAACGUUCAAGGUCUUUGUCCCCAAAGAGCUCUUUCGCAGACUCAGAAGAGCUAAGGAAGCUGAGGAAAGCUGAAAGAAAGAUUGAAAACCUAGAGAAGGAACUACUACUAAAGAGCCAAGAAAAUGAUGAGCUAAGAGAUGCCCAUGAAAAACGCAAGGAAAGGCUACAGAUGUUACAGACCAACUACAGAGCAGUAAAAGAGCAAUUAAAACAGUGGGAAGAAAACAGUGACAUGAUGGAACUCAGGAAGAUAAAGCGAGCAGAUCCCCAACAACUUCGACAAGAGGAUUCUGACGCCGUAUGGAAUGAACUGACUUAUUUCAAAAGGGAGAACCAGGAGCUAAUGAUUGAAAAGAUGAAUCUUCAAGAAGAACUGGACGAACUUAGAGUGUGUGCGUGUAUUGAUAAAGCAACCAUACAAGAGUUGAAUACUUGUAUAGCAGAUAAAAGAGAAGAACAACUCUUUAGAUAUGAUGAAGAAGCUGAGGUCAAGAAGAGUACUUCAGAGAAGAAUGGGAAAGAAAUGUCUGAGCAAACAUUACAAAAGAUCAUUGAAUUGGAAAAUGGGCUAAAAUCUUUUGAGAAAAGAUCAAGAAAAUUAAAAGAAGUGAAUAAAAAAAUAACAAAAGAAAAUGAUUAUCUAAAAUCCAUCUUAAAGCAGCAGCAAGAAGAUUUAGACACUGGCGGAAAAGAGCUGGAGCAGUUACAAAAAAAGAGUAAAGAUGUAGAAAAAGACAAAACUGAACUUCAAGUAAAAAUCAGUGAGCUGGAAAGAGAAGUCACUUCCCUAAGGAGACAAGUGGCAGAAGCUAAUGGGUUGAGAAAUGAAAAUGAAGAGCUGAUGAAUUCAGUGGAGAGCUUGCAGCAUUCAGCAGACAAAGCUAAAACUGAGGUAGCCGCCUCGGAAGUGAGAUCUAGACAAUAUGAUUGUAAGACAACUACUACCAAGGUGAAAUUUAAGGCUGCAAAGAAAAAGUGUUCUGUGGGUCGUUACCACACUGUUCUCAAUCACUCCAUCAAGGUUAAGAGCAAUGUGUUUGAGAACCUCAGCAAGGAUGACUGGGAGGAUAUGAGUGAAAGCAGCAGUGAUUCUGAAACACAGACCUUACGGAACUUGGGAACAAUUAUUGUAGAGACGUCCCAGAAAAUAAGUCCUAAAGAUGGAACAGAACAUAAAGAAACUGAUCCAUCAGAAGAGGGACAAACGCAAGGAAAAGAAAUAGUACAAAUAUAUUCAAAUCUGGAUGACAAGAAGCCAAAGGAAUAUUGUCAUUACAAGAAUACAAAAAAAGUGAAUGCUCAAAGGAAAUAUGGUACUAUUCAAAAGAAUUCAUAUACAGCAAUUCCUAGUAGAGUUAACAGAGAAAAGUGGAAAUGCAUCACUUCCCAGAAAUCAAGUAGCAGUAAUAUUUUAUUACGAGAACGGAUUAUAUCCUUACAACAACAAAACAGUGUACUUCAGAAUGCUAAAAAAAGAGCAGAAUCGUCUGUUAAAGAAUAUAAAGAAGUCAAUGAAAAGCUCCUUCAUCAGCAGCAAAUAUCUGAUCAACGGUUUCAGACAAGCAGACAGACCAUAAAGAAGCUAAAUUUGGAUUUGGCUGGACUUCGGAAAGAAAAGGAAGAUUUACUAAAGAAACUAGAGUCUUCAUCAGACCUCACUAGCUUGGUAGAAGAAGUAUCCAGGGCCACAAUUCCACGCAUACAAGUUUCGUCACUUGGCCCUUCAAGAAGUAUGGAUUUGGAAAUUAAGCAGUUGCAAUGUAAACUAAAGAAUGCAACUAAUGAACUCACAAAACAGUCAUCAAAUCUGAAGUCUCUGAAAUUUGAACUCCUAGCAAAAGAAGAACACAUAAAGGAAAUGCACGAAAAGAUGUCUCGAAUGGAGAGAGAUAUAACCAUGAAGAGACAUUUGAUAGAGGACUUGAAGUUUCGCCAGAAAGUAAAUUUAGAAAGUAGUGAGAGUGCUAAUGAAAUGUUAGAAAAUCUUGAAAAAAAGGUGAAGACAUUAAAUGAAGAAUGUUCCAACAAGAAGGUAUCAAUUGAUUCCCUAAAGCAAAGACUUAGUGUUGCCAUAAAAGAAAAGUCACAGUAUGAGCAGAUGUAUCAGAAAACUAAAGAAGAAUUAGAAAAAAAGGAUCUCAGACUUACUCAUCUAUUAUCAAAAGUAAAUGAGACUGAAUCAGUAAUAACAGAAAUUGAAACAGCAGCAUCAAAACAUCUCCAAGGAUUAGCGCUACAAAGUGAGCAGGCCCUAGAAGGUGCACAAAAAAAAUUGCUGUUAGCCAAUGAAAAAAUUGAAGAAUUCACCUCCUUUGUAAAGGCUUUGGUCAAAGAGUUACAAAAUGAUGUUCAAGUGAUAAGACGGCAUAUCAGGGAACUUAAAAAAAUGCAGAAAACCAAGGAUGCUUGUAAAACCUCAACUCAUAAAGCCCAGACCUUGGCAGCUUCUAUCCUGAAUCUUUCACAGUCAGAUCUAGAAGAAAUAUUGGACACUGAAGAUGAAGUGGAGACAAAAAAAAUAAAGAUAGAUGCUGAACAUGACAAGGAAUGGCUGUUGUUCAUUCAAAAACUUCUUGAAGGACAGGUUCCUUUUGCCACAUAUUUACUAGAAGCAGUACUGGAGAAAAUAAAUGAAAAAAAGAAACUAGAUGAAAAAUAUUUCACAAUUAUGAAGGAUAUUAGAUGAUGUUACAAUGGAGAAGUUACUUUUCAAUUGUGAAAACUUUUUAUGUGAUGUGACUGGAAAACAUGCGUUACAAUCCUGAUACAGUAUCUGCUCCAGCUAUCAAUAGUCAGGUUCAAUACUAAAAUAAGAAAACUCUGAAGCUAAUUAAUUGCUGAACAAGAGAAACAAAUUAAAUGCAUAUCCAUUUGAGAGGAAAUAGUGUAGCAUUUGACUGUUGGAUAGAAAUAUUGCCACAAAUCAAUGCAAAUUUAAAAAUGAUUUUCCUUCCAAUGCACUAGAUAAAAUUAGAACAAGUUUGGUGCACAUAUCUAAGUCCAAAUGUAGAAAUAAAAAAUAUAUAAACUGAGGAUUUAAUGUUUUAAGUUUUAUAAAGAAAGAAACUCUUUUUUUUUUUUUUUUACAGAAAACAUCUAUGUGAUCUUAAAUAAUCCAGUGACCAGCACAUUUGUAUAUUGUAAGCAAAGAUAAAAUUGACCAUCAGGAUUUAUGGAACAGAAUUUUAUAAAAUAAAGUAUGUAGUCCCCUUGUAUUUGUUCUCAAGUACUGGAGGAUAUAAGAUACUGUAUUUUCUUAAAAGCUUUUUGAUAAAAAUAAAAAGCAUUUUCUCCUCUU